UCUGGGGAGAUGGUGGAGCUGUACGUGAAGCCCGGCAACAAGGAGCGCGGCUGGAAGGACCCGCCACAAUUCUCCUACGGGCUGCAGACUCAGACUGGUGGACCCAAACGCACUCCACUGACUAAGAGGAUCGUGGCCCCACAGGAUGGAUCCCCUAGAGCCCCAGAAACUUCUGGACCACCUCCAGUGGAUCAUCCACCUCCUUCAAGUAAGGCUUCCAGACCUCCACCCAUGGGGAGCUCUCCUGCUACUGGUGUGGAGCCUCCAAGUUCCCCGGUCAUUGAGUCUGAGACUCUGAUAGAAGACGUGCUGAAACCUCUGGAACAGGCAUUGGAGGACUGUUGUGGUCACUCAAAGAAGCAGGUAUGUGAUGAUAUCACCCGACUUUUGGCGCUGCUUCAAGAACAGUGGGCUGGAGAGAAGUUGUCAAUACCUGUAAAGAAGAGGAUGGCAUUGCUGGUGCAAGCCCUGUCUCUCUUCGAACUUUUACAACACCAGUGGGACGCAGCAGAUAACAUUCACAGAUCACUCAUGGUUGACUACGUGACUGAGGUCAGUCAGUGGAUGGUGGGAGUAAAAAGAUUAAUUGCAGAAAAGAGGAGUCUAUCUUCAGAGGAGGCCAAAGAAGAGAAAUCUACAGUGGAAGCUAUGAACCAGACAAUACCAGGCUUCCAACAGUCAUCCUAAUGCCUGUGGCUCCCCAGACUCACUUCCCAUCAUUUCCUAUGCCUUGGUGUGGAAAGCCUCUUUUCACUUGGCUCCUUUUUACCACCAGAGAGACUAUUGGUCUUGACCAAAGAUCCUGUCUAGGCCACUGCAAGAUCACUUGUUACUCAUGUACAUUUCAAUAAACAU